AUGCCCUCUACCAAACAUCAACGUGCUCGCCGCCAGACUGCACCAUCGGGCCCGCCGCGGAAGCUAACUGCCAGCGAAACGCAGCCGCGCCUCGAGUCAACAGAGGAGAACCCCUCUACUGCCCCCCAAUGGCAAAUUCCUACGUGGAAUAAUGAACUAGAGUUUACUGGAUGGCUCAAUGAUGUGAAAGAGGACUUGGUAGAAGAGAGCUAUGACCAAUAUCAAAACUACCUCGACGAGCUCCAACAAUCGAAAGAACACAUUGACGAGAUAUUAUCAACCACGUUAACAUUACUCGACGACUUGUCCAGUGUAUCCCAAUCUUUCAAGUCUGUCGAAUCACAGACCUCCAACUUUGAGAAACAAUGUGAGGGGCUACUUGCUGCGCAGGAGCGGGAUACAAGACUUGCAAAUGGCAUUGAGAAUAUUUUGCAAUAUUAUGACUUCCUGGAUCCUGCUUCAAGACGACUGAAUGCUCCAGGCGCUGGAAAUACUGUUCGCGAUAGAGAGUUCUCAGAUAUGCUGAGGCGUUUGGAUGUGUGCUUGGAUUAUAUGGAAACCCACCCCGAACAAAAAGAAGCAGAAACCUAUCGGUCCAGAUAUCGUCUUCUUUUAACCCGUGCCCUUACGCUCAUCCGCGGUAAUUUCGUCACUGCACUCAAAGAUAUCUACCAGAAUGUCGCAAAGAAAGUUGCAGACCAAAGCUUGAAUGAAACGGCUUUGUCUGCCCUUCUCUACGCCAAAUUCAGGGUUGGGGCGCCCGAGCUGAAGCAAAUCGGGUUAGAGAUCCAGAAACGAGCCGUCCCGCCCCUGAACCCGGACCAGAACAAUGAAGCCGAGUAUCAGAGUCUGAUGAACGAAUUGCAUGGUAAUUACGCGGCGACUCGAGUCAAGCUCAUCAUUCCACUCGCUCGAAGAAAGCUUCAGGAGAUCACGCAAACGCCCAGUUCAUCGAAAGACUUAGUUUCAUUUGCGCGUGCCAGCAUAAGCUACAUUCGCGGCCUAUGUCUGGAUGAAUAUGACCUGUGGAGAGAAUGGUUCCAUGGGAAUGGAGGCUUAUAUGACUUCCUUGAAACCAUAUGUGAACCCCUCUAUGAUCACCUUCGUCCUCGUAUCAUCCACGAGACGGACAUUGUCAGCCUUUGCCAGCUUUGCACCCUUCUCCAGACGAGGUAUUUCCUGGAUCCCGACGAAGAGCCUGAGCCCAGCGAUGCAAACCAGCUCGACUUCUCAACUUUGAUUCAGCCAGCGCUGCAGGAUGUUCAAACUCGACUCGUCUUCCGCGCUCAGGCCGUUCUCCGCGACGAGAUUGAACGAUAUAAGCCCAAACCUGAAGACAUUGAUUAUCCGAUGCGCAGUCGGCAUGUCUCAUUAACAGUGACCGAUGGACAAAUCUCAGGAAAGAAAGAUACUAUAGCGGAUACGAUGAUCGAUAUGACCAAACCCACCACAGAAGGUGACGAGGCUGCACCAGAAAAGGAUGGUAAAUGGGAUUUUGAAACCCAAACUGCGCUCAAAGGGUGGUACCCGACCCUGCGCAAAGCGAUCUGGCUCCUUAGUCGGAUCUACCGCCUCGUAAACUCAACCGUCUUUGAUGACCUUGCACAUAAUAUUGUCCACCAAACUACUCUCUCACUCCAAAACGCCAGUACCCUAAUUUCCAACAAAGCCACCUCAGCCGACGGCCAACUCUUCCUCAUGAGCCACCUCCUAAUCCUCAAACAACAAAUCGUCGCCUUCGACAUCGAAUACGUCGCACCAGAAGUCUCCUUCGACUUUUCGGGCGUGACAAGUACAUUCUGGGAACUCCGCGAACGAGGAGGUCUCUUCAACCCCCGAAACCUCAUGCGUCUCGUAGGACACGGUCUGAUUCCUCGAGUCGUCGAGAAUAUGCUCGACGCCAAAGUCGAACUCGACGGACGACUGCGGACUGUGAUCAACGACUUUAUUAAUGCGUUCGCGGCACGGAUGACUGCUUCGUUACCAGUGAAGUUUAUCGAUACGAGGAAUUUAGUCACAGGAGAACUUAUACUUCCUUCUUGUCGAACUAUCGAGAAGGAGGUUCCUUCUCUGAGAAAGAUUCUGAAUGAAUAUAUAGAUGAUACGAGGAUGAAGGAGACGCUUGUUGGGGCAGUACAGGAUCGCACGAUUCAAAUUUAUGAGGAUUUCUUGGAGAAGUAUACUUCUUCUCAGAAGGGCAAGGGUGGACUUCCGUUUAGUAAGAAUGGGAAGGGUAGAGAUGAUGCGGUGUGGGAUGUUGAGACGUUUGGGGAGUGGUGUGAGAGUAUUUUCAGAGUUGGUGUUGCUGGUUUACCGGAUGGAGAAGUCGAUGAUGAUGAUCUUUCGAGUACAACCUCGUAG